CAUUUCAGGUCAGUGAUUUACCAAUUGACACAGAAAGGAGUCAAAUUAGAAAGCGCUGCAGCAGAUUGGCAGCACAUAGAGGGGUUUCCUUGCUGUAUGAAAGAGAAAAACACGCAGGGAAAUCUGAUGGAUGGACUGAGCCUUUGAAAUAAACCUGGGUAUUGUCUGCCACUUUUCCCAUCUUUCUGGAUGGAUUCCAUAUCGACAACCCCUUCUCCAUCAGUGGCGGUUGGUUCUUCUUCCCUGUGGCGUCUGACCGAGAGAAGGAACAGGAAGUCUGGUUCAGGGAACAUUUUCAGCAGUGUGAAUCUGCAGCAGCUCCAGAGGUUGUUUACGGCAGCGGGGGAUCAGGAUGCACAGCAGAGGGCCCAGCUGGUCUGGGGACACAGAGACGAAGCUGAACUAGCUCAGGCCUUAAUAGCGCUGAGGAGUCGAGUUCAUAAAAGAGAACUGAGGACUAAUGAUGCCUUGGGCUCACACUGGCUGCGAUCUUUCAACCAACUCAGGAUUCGAGAGGACUCUCCAAGCAGACAUAGUGAAGAUGAUGGUGAGGAGCUGGAUUUUAAAGCUGAAAUACCAAGAAGUUCAGAGUCCUGGGGGCACACCUUAUUUGGAGUAAUGUCAGGAGGGACUGGUGAACAGUUGGCUCAGACUGAGAGGGAGAACACUAACAGGAACUUUGACAGAGCAACCAAAUCCAGCUCAGGACCGAGGAGGGCGGGAGAGAGUAACCCAGAGAGAUACCUGCACCGAAUACGUCGCUGUGAAACAAAGAAUAGAUAAAACCCCAGGAAGCAACGUAUCAUUUUUAUGGCUGGAAAUUAAACUAAGAGGAGUUAAUAUAUUAAAUCAGCACAAACCAUAGACUGUUUAAAUUCACCACACAGCUUUUAAAAACUUUGGCCCAAAAGCAGCCGUAUGUGUUCUCAAAUUCACAAUACCUGUAACACAGUGCCACAGUGGAUAAGGAGGAUUAGAUCGUUGCAAUGACAAAAUAUAUUUGUGUUUGCUUUUAUUUAUUUUUGAAAUAUUCAUCACCAAACUCUUACUUACUGAAAGCUCAGGUUGCACAGACCAAAAAUAAUAUGACAAAGUUGCAUAUAGAUGUUGUGUUGACGACACAAUGCAAGAGGUUGUCCACUCUCUACAUGCUCAUCCAGGACGAACAGAUUCUGCAAAGUCAAUGACUUCAUUAAAUAAGCUGGGUUUUCUUAGAUAAGAAACACUUAAUUGUAUGUAUGAACUUAAUCUGUAUGUAGGAUUUGAUUAAAUUAUCUUUGCAAAGCGCCUUUAGAUGAUGUAUUGUUAAUGGCGAUAUAUAAAUAAACUAAAAUUAAUUGAAUUGUAAACAGAAUUGCAGUCUUAUAAAAAAUAAUUGUUAAUCAAACCUCUGAAAAUACUGGAUGUAGUUUGGAUUGUGUUUCAUAAUCUUGAAACUUUCUAUUUUGUACUCUGACUA